CACAGCUCAGACAGAGAGCUGCAAUCUGCACAGCAGCUUGCAGGGAAAGCAGGUUGUGCUCGGAGAUGCCGGAUCCCACAGGCUCUGCCUGCUUCUGCAAGGAGCUGCCUCUGUCAGGGACUUUACUAAAUGGCACUUGGGAGACUGAUGAACCGUACUGAAUGAUUGCCAAGCCAAAAAAUCAUGGAUUUCCCUGUGGAUCUGGAAGAGGAGAUCAGUUUGCAAGAGAAUAAUUCCCGGAUAAUUCACAACUUUUCUGCUUUUGAUCCCACCAGCAAUGUCACCUAUGCCAAUGUAAUAAUGCCAACUGUGUUUGGAAUUAUUUGUUUGCUGGGAAUAAUUGGCAAUAGUGUUGUCAUCUAUACUGUCUUCAAGAAGUCCAAAUUCCGGUGUACCAGCAGUGUUCCUGAUAUUUUUAUCAUCAACCUGUCAGUGGUAGACUUACUCUUUCUUCUUGGUAUGCCCUUCCUAAUCCACCAGCUCCUUGGCAAUGGAGUUUGGCACUUUGGAGAAACCAUGUGCACACUUAUUACAGCACUGGACACCAACAGCCAGUUCACUAGCACUUACAUCCUCACCGCCAUGUCCAUUGACCGAUACCUUGCAACAGUUUAUCCUUUUACAUCGGCAAAGUACAGAAAGCCUCCUAUUGCUAUCAUGGUCAUCUGCAUCCUGUGGGUGUUAUCUCUCCUAAGUAUCACUCCAGUUUGGAUGUAUGCUAGACUUAUCUCUCUUCCUGGGGGAGUUCUGGGUUGUGGAAUCACACUCCCCAAUCCAGAAAGUGAUAUUUAUUGGUAUACUUUAUAUCAGUUCUUCCUUGCUUUUGCCAUUCCGUUUGCUGUCAUCUCUUUAGCAUAUAGAAGAAUCUUAUUGAAAAUGGCAUCUUCAGAAGCCCUCACAGCACAGAGGAGCUCCAGGAUACGGACCAAGAAAGUGACCAGGACAGCUAUAGCUAUCUGCUUGGUAUUUUUCAUUUGCUGGGCUCCCUUUUAUGUCCUUCAGAUAAUUCAACUGGUAAUGGACCAGCCUACACUAGCCUUUCAUUAUGCUUAUUGUGUGGCAAUCAGCAUGGGCUAUGCCAACAGCUGCAUCAACCCUUUCAUCUACAUUAUCUUGUGUGAAACAUUCCGCCGGAGGUUCAUCGUCUCUGUUCGACCAGUAGAAGACCAUCCACAGGGCAGGAUUAGGAUGAAAUUUGGAACAGACCCUCCUUCUGGUAGUGGACAGCCAUUGCUUCACCUUGUUCCCGUUUCCUCUGGAAGCUAACCAAAUCGGGAGUGUGCAUAAAGUGAAUCCAAUUAACAUUUCUAUGGAAACAUGAAGGAGCAUCAUGGUGAAUAUUAUGAUAAUGAGAUUGCAUCUAAUUUCAUUACAGAAGACCCCUGCCAAGUAUUAAUUAGGGCAAACUCCUAUGGCUCAUCGUUUGUACUGAUUGUUUUGUUUCAGAUUUGCAGUACGCAUGUUUUAAAUGCAAGCAAACAAUUUACAGUACCGCUGUGUUUAUUGGUACAUUGUGUCCUCAUCUGUGCCUUUUGUGUGGCUACAGCAAAACAAAUUGUUUGAUUGUAUUCACAGCUAGUCAAAAUGUGUUUCGCUUGCAGCAGCUGAGCAGGUUUAUCAUCACAGGCAAAAUAAUCUUACGCAGUACACCAGAAAUAAUUUGAUGCUAUUAGCCAUGUGAACAAUCAUAGCAAAAUCUAACGGUUUACAGCAGGGCAUUACCAAUUAGUCCAAUUUUACAAAAUAUGUUGUAUUACAAAAUAUUUUGGGCUUUGCUUCAACCAAUGCAAGUCUUUGCCUAUUAUUUGGUAGUCCAAUGAUACAUAUGAAGAAAAUAAUUGAAGCAAUGGCGUAACCAAGAGAAAAAGAGAUUUGCUAAAUUGUUUGGAAUCUUCAAGGAGUACUAGAUUGUAAUUCUGGAUAGAGGGAACAUGCAUACAGGCAUUGGAGAGUGGCAUCUUAAUAAUGGUGGCUUCAGAUUAUUAAUACCUAGCUGCAUCCAGGUAUAGUUGACCUAUUAUACUGUAUUGCUUACAUUUCCAGUUAUGUUCAUUAUAACAACACAGUGCAAUCUUUAGUUCCCACAAAUAAUCAUGGACAUUGAUAUGACAAUAUUACCACCAUAUAAGGUACAUUCCAUGUUCAGUCCUAAAUGUAGGGCACUCUAAAUACAGAAAUGGAAAAUAAAUAUAUGAAAGAGUACAGACAGAAAUGCACACUGGCCUGGCAUCAGAUUUCUGCCAGGAAAUAGUCAAUCCCUCUUGCUUUCCCUCUAUAUUGCUUCUCAAUAGCUUCAUAUUGCUUCUGUAACCCUGCUUUCUGACUGAAGACUUGAAUGAUGAACAAUAGUGAACAGACUCAAGAGUGCACUUUGCUUUGAGGAAAGGGCAGCUUAGGUAGCACAGAAAGUACAAUGGAACAAAAAGCCAAAGUUACAUAAUAUUUUAUUUGUCAGCAAACCACAAUUAAAGUAUACACAAGUGUAAAAUUAAAUAACAGAAUAAAGUAGAAUUGACUUUUAAUUACUUAAUUAAACAUCCAAAUCAGGUUUUUCUGCUAUGUUUUCCCUACAGUGUUUCUCAGUUUAUUAGCGUUCUCUGUCUUAAGAAACGGUACUGUUCAUGAAUUGGACAGCCGACUCUAAGCUCAUGGGGCAUAAUUCUGUUGUGGUUGUAGGUGCAUCACAUGUCGCAAUGUACUGAUGUUUGGUACUUUGUGCAGACUUCGUACCCAUACCGAAUAUGUGCAGUACUGGUCUGCAACGUUGGAUGCAGAUCGGCAGCAGACGGUCAAUGAUUGGCAGUCUGCUGCCAUGUGGUGGCGGAGAGAGGGCAGUGACAGCCGCUGUUUCCCAAAAACAGAGGCGUGUGCCUGCUAUGUCGGAGGAGGCCAGGAUCUACAUCGGAAGAUUGAAAUUUCCUGGCCUCUUUGAUGGAUCUAGAGUGGGCGGCUUGUGCGACACUAUGUGUCAUGCAGCCAGCCAGUGGUGUCACAGGUGAUGCAAUGCUGCUUCCUAGAACGCAGCUUGGAUCACUAAUGCAAGCAGGAGGCGUCUACUUAUAUCAGACGUCCCCUGCUGCAUUAACAUAUAAGUGCGAAGACUGUUACUUCCAUGUACGCAGCAGCUAUAGCACCUCCGUCCUCACCUGAAUCAGACCCAUGCUGCAGCUCAGACCAUCAUAGUGCUUAUCUGGCAAGCUUUCUGUGCUCUACAUUACUCUGCUGCAAACACUCCAAUAUAACAGUACAGGUAACGGGAUGUUUUCUAGGAGUGACCCUUAUAUAAUCCUAAAAUUAUUAAAUAAAUAGAUAAUAUUUGCUAAGCCUGUGGGGAAGUGAGCAGGUGCAAAGUGGCGACUACCAUGCUGUACAGAUGCCUAUGGGGCCUAUUCAUGAUCACUAAAAAGUUUUUAAGUUACAGCCUCAUUCAUCAAGGCUAAACGGAGGCGAUAUCAUUCAUAUCUCCUGGUUACAGCCUUGCCAUGAUAAUGUGGGUUGUGGAAAUUGUGGAAUUCAUCAAUCUCCGAACAUGCAUUAUUUUCGGAAUUUGAUAGGGAAACUGUUCUCCAUCCUGAGAUGGCAUGCAGUUCCCUGAAUGUCUUACAGGCUGCCGACAGCUUGUGUAGUAGUGUGUGUAGCAGUGGGAUCUGUUCAGAUCCCUCACAGCUGUGUCCUGUAGUGCUGUGGGGUUGGUAUUGCGUGACCGUCGGUGACCAUACCGACGGCGGGAUCCCGGCAUUGAG